AUGUCUCUUCACUGUGCUCCGUUGGGCUUCAGCUGUGUUGAGCCGUACAGUCAAUUGGUGGGCCCCUCUUCAUUUCUCAGGAAAUGGGCUACUGUGAAAGCAUCGGCUCUUUCAUCGCCGUCUCCAUCUUCGUUUCCAAGAUUCAGACUUCACGGAAAAGCAUUAGAAAGUGGUAAUGGAACAGUUGAAACCAAAGAGUCCCCUCUGGUGGUCUGCUUUGGGGAACUGCUAAUCGACUUUGUACCAACGGUGAGUGGGGUCUCAUUGGCCGAGGCACCUGCUUUUCAGAAAGCUCCGGGAGGUGCCCCUGCUAAUGUUGCGGUUGGCAUCGCUCGUCUUGGUGGCUCAUCGGCUUUCAUAGGCAAGGUGGGUGAGGAUGAGUUUGGAUACAUGCUUGCCAACAUUCUAAAGGAGAACAAUGUAAAUAAUGAAGGGAUGAGGUUCGACCCGGGGGCCCGAACAGCUUUGGCAUUCGUGACCCUGACAAAGGAUGGUGAACGGGAAUUCAUGUUUUACCGGAAUCCGAGUGCCGAUAUGUUGCUGCAAGAGGCCGAACUUGACUUGGAGUUGAUCAAGAAGGCCAAAAUAUUCCACUAUGGUUCUAUAAGCUUAAUCACGGAACCUUGUAGAUCGGCCCAUAUUGCCGCCAUAAAGGCUGCUAAGGAAGCCGGCGUGAUUUUGUCUUACGAUCCGAAUUUGAGGCUUCCUUUGUGGGUUUGUGCAGAAACCGCAAGGGAAGGGAUUCUUAGCAUAUGGGACAUGGCUGAUAUAAUUAAGAUUAGCGAGGAGGAGAUUCGGUUUUUGACCAAUGGAGAAGACCCAUAUGACGACAACAUUGUUCGUAAAUUGUACCAUGAGAAUCUGAAACUUCUCCUUGUCACAGAAGGUCCUGAAGGAUGCAGAUAUUACACCAAGGAGUUUAGUGGAAAAGUGAAGGGUCUGAAGGUACAAACCGUAGACACCACCGGUGCUGGUGAUGCUUUUGUAGCCGGGUUUCUAUCACAGCUAGCUUCUGAUACAUCGUUGCUUCAGAAUGAGGACCAGUUGAGAGAUGCUUUAAGUUUCGCUAAUGCUUGUGGUGCUUUGACUGUGACCGAAAGAGGUGCUAUUCCAGCUUUGCCUGCUCGAGAAGCUGUCCUCAAUGCCCUUCUCAAGUCAGUUGCAUCAUAG